AUGGGGCGCCAGACCCCGGUAGGGCACACGGAACCAACUCCACCACGAAUUUUCCUGUAUCUCCAACCCGGCACCACAGCAACUUCUUCUUUUUCUCUCCAUAUUCCACCACAUCAGCAAGUCGACACAAUGGCACCCAAGUCCAAGGCCCCCGCCGCUCCUAAGGAGAACGUCACUCUCGGCCCUCUCGCCGGUGAUGGCAAGCUCGUUUUCGGCGUUGCCCGUAUCUUCGCCUCCUUCAACGAUACCUUCGUUCACGUUACCGAUCUCUCUGGUCGCGAAACCAUCUGCCGUGUCACCGGUGGUAUGAAGGUCAAGGCUGACCGUGACGAGUCAUCCCCCUACGCUGCCAUGUUGGCUGCCCAGGACGUUGCUGCCCGCUGCAAGGAGCUCGGCAUCAACGCCCUCCACAUCAAGAUCCGUGCUACCGGUGGUAACGGUACCAAGACCCCCGGUCCCGGUGCUCAGUCUGCCCUCCGUGCCCUUGCCCGUGCCGGCAUGAGAAUCGGCCGCAUUGAGGAUGUCACCCCUACUCCUUCCGACUCUACUCGUCGCAAGGGUGGUCGCCGUGGUCGUCGUCUGUAG